GCAACACCGCGCAGCUCCGUCCGAGGAGAGACGCUCUCAGACGGAUUAACCAACACGACCAGGGCUCAACACGACUCAUCUGUUUCCUGCAACAAAAUAAACCAUGGAACUAGAGAACUAGUGUGUGCUUUUUAGUUAGUUUUAAUCAUUACUGUUGCAGAGGGGUGAAGACAGCAGCAGCAGCGUGCUACCGUCCCAGAUCAGGGGGAACAUCCUGCUCCUGCCGUCUGCUAACACCAGCUAACCGGGACGGGAAUGCUGCUCGGGACCGGCUCCUGGCACCGGCAGAGAGAGGCGAGGGGAGCGGGGAUCGGGGUCAGGGUCGGGCCGGCCAGCUGCCGGAACAUCUGGGCGGGUGUGGCCAGAGGGAGCUGCGGUCCGGACGGGUGUGCUGCUGGGUCCAGCUAGCUGCAGAGCUAAGCGGCUAACCACCACCAACCACACGGCUGAGGGGAACACACCCGAGCAGAGCCAGAGCUUUAAACUAACUACACCAACGUUACAGGAUGAGAACUGGGCUCGGAGUUGGAGCACGGCUCGGAUCUGUGGACCGUCCUAACUAAAACACGCAGAAAGAAAAGUUUCCAAUGCUGCCAGCUGCGUUUGCCUUGUUAUUACAAUAGUUUUGAACUUCCUUUUUUCCUUUUUAAAUCCGGGAUUUUUCCCCCACCGCAUCGGAUGCUGGCAUCACGCUUUGAUUACAAACAUGAUGAUAAUAAGCAGGAAACCAGAGGGCCCAAUAGCAACAGCACGCCACGGUGACGGCCUGUACGACUCUUACAUGAGGACGGACCACAUCCUCAAAGACGAAGCUGAUACAAACAGUCCAUCUGGGUUGCCCCCGAUGUCCAAACACACAGUUGUCAGUAGCAAGGCUGUGAUGAGGGAUCAGGUGACGGUGCGGGGCGGCCAGCUGAAGGUCAAGUACCUGUACGAAGACACAACCAACAACCGAAAGAUCCACGCCAUAACCACAGCAAGCACUCAGGUCAAUGGGAGCGCUGGCCAGACGCCCACCAAGUCUGCGCCGGCCUCCAGCCAGUCCAAGGAGCACAGUGUAGACAGCACUGAAUCAAGUAAGGGCUCCAGUGAGUCCUCCGGGCCACACGGCGCUGGAAGUGGAGGCAACAGUGGCAAGCUGUGUGGUCCCCUCACUCCUGAGCAGGCGCUGAGACUCUACCGAUCUCAGCUUUCCUCGCUGGAGCAGACGGAAAUCCACUCCUACCCAGAAAUCUAUUUCGUGGGACCCAAUGCCAAGAAGAGACCUGCUAUUGCAGGAGGGAACAACAACUGCGGCUACGACGACGAGCAGGGCGGCUACAUUCACGUCCCCCACGACCACCUGGCGUACCGCUACGAGUUCCUCAAGAUCAUCGGUAAAGGAAGCUUUGGUCAGGUGGCCAAAGUAUACGACCACAAACUCCAGCAGCACCUGGCUCUGAAAAUGGUUCGCAACGAGAAGCGUUUCCACCGGCAGGCGCAGGAGGAGAUCCGCAUCCUGGAACACCUGCGCAAGCAGGACCGUAACGGCACCAUGAAUGUGGUGCACAUGCUGGAGAACUUCACCUUCCGCAACCACAUCUGUAUGACUUUUGAGCUGUUGAGCAUGAACUUGUACGAGCUGAUCAAGCGCAACAAGUUCCAGGGCUUCAGCCUGCCGCUGGUCCGGAAGUUUGCACACUCCAUCCUGCAGUGCCUGGAGGCGCUGAGCAGACACAGGAUCAUCCACUGUGACCUCAAACCGGAGAACAUCCUCCUCAAACAGCAGGGCCGCAGCGGCAUCAAGGUGAUUGACUUUGGCUCGAGCUGCUUCGAGCACCAGCGGGUGUACACCUACAUCCAGUCUCGCUUCUACCGCGCUCCGGAGGUGAUUCUCGGUUCACGCUAUGGCCUUCCCAUCGACAUGUGGAGCUUCGGCUGCAUCCUGGCCGAGCUGCUGACCGGCUACCCGUUGUUCCCCGGCGAAGACGAGGGUGACCAGCUGGCCUGUGUCAUGGAGCUCCUGGGGAUGCCUCCGCAGAAGGUGUUAGAGCAGGCGAAAAGGGCAAAGAACUUCAUCAACUCCAAGGGCCACCCCCGUUACUGCGGAGCCAACAUCCUGCCGACCGGCGCCACCGUGCUGACGGGCUCUCGCUCCCGCCGCGGCAAGAUGAGAGGCCCCCCGGCCAGCAAGGAGUGGAGCGCCGCCCUCAAGGGCUGCGAGGACCCCACCUUUAUUGACUUCAUUAAGAAGUGUUUGGAAUGGGACCCGUCGUCUCGCCUCACGCCCAGCCAGGCCCUCCGGCACCCGUGGCUGUACCGCCGGCUCCCCAAACCCCUCCCUGGGGCCGAGAAGAACCAAGGGGCUUCUGUGAAGCGACUUCCCGAGCACCACAGCACCUCGUUUCCCUCUAUCCUGGCCAAGGGCGGGCCCGGCUUAGGCACCACCACUGCCAGCAACAAACUGAGGAGCACCAUGAUGGGGGACUCAGGGGAGACCAUUCCUCUCCGCACGGUCCUCCCCAAACUCGUGUCAUAACCAAGAGAGAGUCCUCCGGUCCCCUUUCUCAGUCCCUGCACUCCUCAGGAGGAGGCAGAGCACUGGGGAAGUGAUUUUAAGACUUGUUUGGCUGUUCUUUUAUUUGUUUUUUACUGCGAGGUGUCGACACCCCCAGUUCCUGGUUUUAAUAUUAGUUUUAAAAAAUUUGGAGGAAAAAAAAACUGAGGAAAAGAGGAAAUGGUAAAGUUUUUAUACAGAUGACUUCCUUGAGUGGCUGUGGGAUUUCUGUAUACAGCCAAUUGAUGAGGCUUGAUUUAGAUAACGAUUUUUAAAACCCUCCUCGUGUGAGUGGACAGCUUUGUUAAUGAGAAAGUGUUUUUAACCUCUGCUUGACCUCACAUGAGUGUUGUUUUUGUAGCAAAACACAUGCGAGCACACCUGCACCGUCACUUGCCUCACUUCACACUCUAACACCUGCCGCACAUCGUCAUGUUCCAGACUCGGAAAAAAGGGCUUCAGAGACGGCUCUCGUCAGGUUUAUCUGUUCAGCCAGAUUGAGUUAAUAGCAACAAAGUCGUGCACUAGGAUUCUGCAGUCACUGACAAAAUUGUCCCUUACACGAAACAUGAAUGUCUUUAAACAAGAAAUACAGGAUUGGCUUUGAUUCUUUUUUUUUUUUUUUUUUUUUGUAACGAGUAAUAAGGAAAAACAUUUUUAACAGUCGGUCCUCACAUUUUUAUCUUGUUGCGCUCUUUGAUCCUGCCUUUCCCGAUCCCCGGUGCUGGCAUGUCAGCUCAGCGUUUGACGCUCACGUGUCUACUGUCCGAUCCAUCGCCACUCCCAUCCUCCUCCCUCCUCCAGUUUUCACUGCUGUGGGGGUAAAAGGGGGGGUGGGAUGGUGGGGGGGCAGUAGCACUACUCACACUCCUGUCAUGAAGGUGUCACCAACACUCUCGGUACUUUGCAACUGGUUUACGAGACACCGUUAUGUGGCUCACAUACACUGAUGAAUAUAGGCUUGUGCGGUGAUCGCCAGGAAAGUUGUCUGAAAGUUUGUCCCGAGUUUCUCCCUUUUGAUCGUUGAGGGUGGUCGUUCCGAAUGGGAGAGAAGUGCAAAGUUAGCAAUAACUUGAGGUAAUGUGAAGAGCAGUAUGUUCAAUAUGAGCCAGGAUGCUUUUGUUUCUGUUCUUCUGUCUAGGAGGUGUAGAGGACAGGCCAAAAUGUGACAGAAAUUGUUCAAGCGGUACUGAAGAAGAAGAAGUGUUUUCUCAGGGAAACAUACUUGAUACAUCCCUUAAACUUACAUUCACCGUGCUCCUCGUACCUCGUCCUUGUCGCGCGCCCCGGCCGUGGACGCAGUGCUGUCCACUGCCAACGUGGGAUCGUAUUUACGAUUUUCAGCCGACGUGCUAAAAAAAAAAAAGCGUGACCCAGAUUCACCCCUCCCGACCCCACCGACCGCCUCCGUUUCUCUAGCCCCGUCUCGUGCAGGGCGGGGGGGGGGGGGGGGGGGCUCUUUAAACUCUCACGAACCGUGAAUUAUGGUGCUUGUCCAGAACGCGCUCGCACAGAGACACGCGCACAGAAACACGUCAGGUGCAUGUUGAUUAUGGACCACGCCAUUCGAAGAGUUCUGUCUCUCGUCCCUCAUUUUCUAAGUUGAAACUGUCAGGGAUUUUAACUUUGUGUCCUUUUUUUUUUUCUUUUUCUUUUUCUGGUUUUCUUUUGCUUUUCACUCCAGAGUAUAAAGAGGAUGUAAAACAUUAAAAGAAGAAACGGAGAAAGUUGUAAAGUGUCAUGUUGUACUUGUGGUGUGAGUUAUUAGGAGGGUGUUUGGUGUUCAGCAUGAAAUCACAACCUGUUAUCAGACAGAGACUAUGAAAAGAGAAACUGUACAGUAACCAAAUGAAGUUGUGAUAGUUUCUUUUUGUAAGAAAAAAUAAAAAUGACUCAUGUGAAA